AUGCCUCGUGAACGCAGUGAGCGCAGCGUAGCUGCCACUGAAGCGCUGCGCUCGGCACCUCCCAUGUCCCCUGCGCGCUCCAGACACCCGGCCAACGACCCCGACACUACUCCAACGCCUUCGCGCCCAGCUUCUCCUGUGGAACAAUUGAGCGCGGAAGAACAACGUCUGGUACAGGAUCUUCUUACCAGGCCUUCGCGGACGCGGACGUCAUAUGCGCCUUCGGCCAUGGCACCCUCCAUGCUGGAGCCUGAGGUCCAGAACUCCCAUUUCCACGACAUGGAGUUGUGUCAACUCCUUCACGCCCUAGAUCAACCCAUGGGUGAGCCGGUGAAGAAGGCCGUGCGCAAGGCGGUCAGGGCCCGGGUCAAGAAACUCGGCAUGAAGUACGACAACGAGUCUAUCAAGGCUUACCGCAAGUCGUACCACGAUCAUGACCCCGGUGUUCAUCUCGCGGCUGCUCUGUCGUCCAUGUCAAAGUCUCGAGGCGGGACACAACUGGGCAACAACCAGGAGCCUCCGGAAUGGGCGAAGGAGCUGAUCCAGGGAUUCCUUCGCAUGAACAACCGCAUGGAGGACCUCGCUCCUAAGAUCGAGAAGAGUCUACGAACCUCUCGAGGCGGCUCGUAUCUCACUGACGGUCAAGGAGGGUAUCUCCCUCAGGAGCACCCCCAUCACCAUCAUCACUACCCCAGCUCAGAGAUGAAUGGCUACCCCCAGACCAUGACUCCCACAAUCGAUGUGCGUCAACACCCAACGGGCGACGAGUCCAUGUACCAGACACAGGAGACCGAGUUGAUGAGGGAGUCGACGCAUCUGCACACCCUGCCCGGGUCGAUGCACCACCACGAUGGGUCAAUGCACGGUGCCAUCCGCGAGGAGGACGGGUACGAGGACGAGGAAGAUCACCCUUACGCGACAACGGACGGCGAAGGGCGCGGUCUGGAGAGCGAGUACGCCGCUCAGGACCGCGAGAACUCUCCCGGCCAAGAGUACCUCGAGCAGGAGCUGUACAAGCUGCGCGUCAAGCCGAACAACGGCGCUCAGUCCGUCGCUACGCACAAGACCUGGGAGCUCGCUAGGGACGACGGAGAGGACUACGAAGAGGGCGACGCACAGGCUGCCAUCACGGAGUCCGGUCUCCCCGAGAUCCCUGACGGCCACACUGGCGGGUACACGGAUCGUCGCGCAGCCUCGCCGCCCCUGCCGCCCAUCCCGCAGGACGUACGGGGCGACAUGAUGGACCACGGGCAGGUCUGGCACCAGGCCGAGUACAGCAACGAGCCGCGCAUGCUCCCGCCGUGGCAGCGCAUCCACCAGCGCCUACUGAGCUGGGCGAUCGUGUGGCCGAUGAGCGAGCUCGACAACGCGGUCAACAGCUGCAACCGCGGCAUGCAGGUGGACGAGAUCGCGCUGAGCAUCUGGUCGACGCAGACCUACAAGCGCUAUGUGCGGGCGAAGAUGACGGACAGCCCGCCGGGCCGCGUCGACCGUCUGUUCGUGCCGCCGAACAUGGCGGACGCGAUCAGCACCGCCGUGUACAACGGAAGGCAUGGAGACGCGUGCGGGAUGCUCCGGGAGCUGUGGGCGCCGUUUGGGCUGGAGGGUAUCCCGAGGCUGCUCAUCGUCCUCGCGAAGCAUCGGAACGACGACAACCACUGGGUGGUUCAUCGAUUCUCCCUCCCCGAUGGCUCUUUGACGACUUACGACACAUACCCGGAACGAUGCCUACCGGAUGGUCGCCCUCUGGGCUGGUGGUUCGCCAUCCGCAUCGCUUGGCCCGACGCCAUAUACCCCAGCCCCGACCACCUCAUGCAGAAGAUGGUCCGCCUUCACCGGCCUCUCCAGCUCCCGAUCGACAACUCGGUCGCCGCGGCGGGCAUCUGGCGCAACCUGCUCAUGGGCUCGCGGGCCGAGCGCAGCCUCGACCUGGAGAGGCUGCGGGACCUCAUCAGCACGGAGGUGAAGAACCUGCGCCAGCGGAAGAUCAUGGGCAAGCUGUCGAUCGGCGCGCCGCGGCCGAACUGGGAGGAUAUGAACUGA